GCGGGAGGUGGGAUUGGAGAUGGGUGUAGAUGCGUCUGACCUUGCAGGACACAUGUUCGAACAAUGUGCCGGAAGAUGGGGCACAACAGAAGGAGAUCUGGUCGUGCGUCUGACGAGGUUGCUUCAUGGGCUGGAUCCCCUGCAACCUGGAGCUGAGAAAAUAUGCCCGGCCAUGAGCAGAUUCUGCAAAGAUCGAGGGAGGGGAAUUGUUAUAUAAAUAACGAGGUGAUGCAGAGUGAGACCUAUCAGCAUCUCUUCUCCGGAGUUGCUAGAGUCUUCUUGCCUCCCUCCCUCUCUAAGCCCUCUUGCAAGGAUUCAACACGAGCAACUGACUCCCAGCUUCGAAUCUUACAAUCAGUUGAGUUCUUUCAAGAACAUUUGAGCUAAAGUCCAGGUGAACUCUCAUUCUUCGAGAUUCAGUCGGUGGACGGAUCUCUUUCUUCUCUAGCCUGGGAAAAGGUAGUGCGCCCGGAAGCAAGGAGAUGGCAACUGUCAGAAGAACGAUGCUGGCGAUGAUAAUGGUCGCCGGCCUCAUGGCGGGUGCUUCUGCCACAUCUUUCACGGUCGGUGAUACGACCGGAUGGACCAUUACUAGCAGCGCCACAUUUUAUCAGGAGUGGGCUGACGCGCAAAAAUUCAACGUCGGCGAUGAUCUGACCUUUCUGUAUGCGAGCGGCCACAAUGUUUACGAAGUGAGCGCGACGGAUUUCGCCGCAUGUUCCUCGACCAACACAGUUGCCAUGUACACCGUCGCUAACCCCGUCGUCAAGCUCACCAAGGCCGGAGAAUACUUCUUCAUCUGUGAAGUUGCAGGGCAUUGUGAUUUGGGCAUGAAGAUGUCUCUGAUUGUUGCAGGCAACGCCACGUCGCCAUCCACGACGCCCGCCGCCACGCCACCAUCUGCUACUCCCCUGACCACCGCUUCACCACCUGCACCACCGCCAUCUGCAGCAUCAGGACUUCAAUCCUUCGUGGCUGUGAUCGCUGGAUCUCUUCUCGCUGUCGGAGCUUUGUUGUUGUAGUUUUGAAUAAGUGGCAACACUCGUGGUAAAUUUCAAGAACUUGGAUUAGAAAUGUGAUAGAUCUUUAGUUAGAUAGGAAAGUAAUAGCUUUUUGAGCAAACACGAAAUCUGGGCGAGAUCGAGAUUGUCCAUCUCGUCACUCGUGUCUUCCGAGAUGCGGAAGAUCUAGGAAGAGCGGCACCGGGUCUAUGCGCCGCAGUGGAGAUCCGACAUCGUCCGGGCUCGACGAUUCGUCCUCUGCAUCUUCCGGUAUUUGAUCGGCAACCAUCAACUUCACAACGGCGUUUUUGCCUCAACUGCGAGGACCUCCAGUUACGAUACUUGAAAAGUAAAAACCAAGGAGAACGCUGCUGUUAACAUCACACCAUUUUGCUGCUGCUCUUGGGUUCAAAGCGGCGACCGCUUCUUGCAGAUCGCACAACUCAGGCUUGACCUCACGCAGAUCGGUUCCUUUCAGAAACCACAUAUGCUAUAAGUCCUACCACAUCUGGAGGUAUUUGAGAUCUCCAACAUUGUAAUGUUCCGGUUAUUUCAAGAAGUCUUCGGACACUUGGUCCAUGGAAGUAGCUCAAUGUUUCCUGAUCACAAAACCUGACACAUUUUGGCUGUGCGUCUACGAGAUGGUUGCGAGAGUCUACUGA